AUGUGGUACCCUUGGACGUGCGUUUGGGAAGCCGGCGCUGAGGAAGCUCCCAAUGACCAUGAGCAGCAGUCGCUGCCGACGCUCAGUCCGCCGUUGUUGAGCCGGGUGCCGGUGGUGGUGUCCAGCGACGCUAACUCUGUUACCAAUUUUUCCGCCGCGAUCGGUGACGAAGACUUGUCCCUACCUCAAGACAUUGAAAUUCCUCCCCCGAUGGAGACGCUGGCGUCCGAAAAGCUGAUCGCUGCCGCGGCUGGCCAGGAAAACGCUGCCGCUGCUGCUGCCGCCAGCGCCGCUGGUAGCACCAACUCGCCGGAGGUGGUGAGGCGAAUGCAGAAACAGGAGGAUGAAGAGGAGGAGGAGGAGGAGGCGACGCGACGCGACGCGACGCCGUGUCAGACGAGACGGGACGAUGACCCGAACGAGACUACUGACCCGUCGUCGAUCUACUCCGCAACCACAGCAGCCGCUACGGCCACAACCACGGUUGGCUCCGGCGGCACCGAUGCCCUGAAACAGCAACCUCCUGCGACAGUGACCACAACCGCAACCGCCAUCUCAACCCCGACAUUGGCCGACGUGUCCUGCCCGAGUACCACCGGCACUGGCGGCGGUGAUAUGUCGCAGAAGUUGUCGUCGGACCAGGCGCAGCAAAAGCAACCGGAACCUGAGCCGGAGCCGGACGUAGCUCAGCAGCAGCGGUUGGCCAGAGAGAAGCGCAGGCUUCGCCACGGUGUAGAUUUUCCGCUAACUGCGUUUGGUUCGUUGUCGUUCGCUUCGACUGCCAUUUCCUCUGUUCAGUUGAUCCCCGACAUUCAGUCAACUCCGUGCGUGUUGCGAUAUGUGCUCGAGGAGUUGGUUACGUCAGAAAAAGACUACGUGAAAGAUUUGGGAUCAAUUGUUGAGGCAUGCGUUUGGUUGUGCUGUAUAAUGCGCUUGAUUAUGAUCCGAGUGAUCUGCCGGUUCGUAUCAUCCCAAGAGGUAUUGUACGAUCACCGCCUGCCUAACGGCGAGAGUCACUGCCGGUGGCAUCGGUUCGUAGCUUGGUCGAACUUCGUAGCAAGACGACGUCGUGACGGGGUGCUGAAUCUGUGA